AUGUGUUUAUUUGUAUUGAGAUCAUAUGUAAAAUUUAUCUAUAGACUUGGAUCUUCUUUGAGGUCAGCUCUCUUCAUUUUGUUGAAUGUUUUGUUGAAUGCCUGCUGGAUUUGGGAGUUCCAUCUUAAGCAGACAGAUCAUCCAUAUAGUGCAUUCUGGCUUCUGCUAUAUCUGAAAAUUGGAGGCUUUAAAUUAACUUAUGUGAAUCAUAAUCUUGAUAUUUUUGUUGUAUCUGAUGAGUUGGCAGCUGCACAUGGAUUUCUUGGAACCCCAGAGCUGGUGAGAGAAGUUACAUCAGGCUUGGGAAGCAAAGAUCCUAAUUUCAAAUGGAAGAAUGUAAUGGGCUCAGAACAAGUGGUUAAUCCAGGGUAUUUUGUCUCUUUCCCAGAGGAUGUGGUGAAGCAAAAAAGCACCCAAGAGUUCUCAUCUUCUAUUGCUGAAAGCAUUUCUAAACAAGAGGAUAUACGGAGCAUGGGUUUUGAUGCUACUGCUGGAGUGUUUAGUUUUAGCAAUGAGUUAUGGGGUAAUCUUAAAAGCUAUGGCAUUCCAGAGUUAGGAGUGACUGGUGGGUUAUCUGAUGUCUGGUAUCUUGGUUUUUUGCAAGCAACAGAAGAUUCAGGCACGGAUAAAUGGCCAGCUGAGGAAUCUCCUUAUGAUAAUCCUGAUACUCAGAGUCAAGCUGGCCAGCCACAAGAUAAUAGAAGUCAGAUCCAUAAGGGUUCAUUUGCUUUUGCAGAUGAUGACCUUGCGGAUCACAGUUAUCUUCAGUUACUAGGAUGAAGGGUUGAGUGGACAAUUGAUUUAUGAACAUAUUAAUUGAAUGCCAGAUUUUUUUUUUCUAAUAUUACUAUCAGUACAGGUUUCUGUUCUUUUCUAUUUUUGAAUUUUGAUUGGGAAGCUUGGUUGUUUCAAUUUUAGGCUAACUCUUGUGAAUCGAUUCUUUCCUGUUGCCUCGCUAUGUGAUGGGUUGCACUUGAAGUUGCAGGUUUUCCACUUACAAAUAUAUUUGAGUUAUGAAACUGCAAGUUUUAUAUACAUCCAUAUGGCUUGGUGGCAUAUUCUUAAUUCUCUCUCUGCCAGGACUGGCAUGUGAAUAUCCGGUUGCUGAGCUGUAAUGAACGGGGUCAGAGGGGUCAACUAUUGAUGAAGGAUCUCCAGCAACAUUGGCAAUUACUACAAUUUCCUUUGCUUUUGUAAAUUUCCUGUAACUGAUGUUAGGAAUUACAAAGGGCUAUGAUAUCUUUUUUCUUUUUGGGGGAAAAGUGGUAAAAGGCUUAUGAUUUAUUUCAUUGGUAAAGGAUUGUCAUAGCCAUGGCUGUUCCUCUGUACCAGAAAUUAUUAGUAAAUUUCCUAUGCAAAUUUAUUUAUUUUUUGCCAAAUAUUUCCCUCGCAGU